UCAGACAGUCCUGUAACCUCAGUUGUCUCGGUUAUAAUUGCAUUCAUGUCUCUUUAUGUCAGUCUGACACGACACAUGAGAGUUGAAAGCACCACAGGUCACAGCUGCGAUAGAAGUGUAAAUUUAACAACCCCAUCAGACUUAUUUUCUCCCUGCCUGUCUGUUUUGACUCAGCUGGCUUCCCGUUAGGAGGAGGAGGAGGGUGAAGAGAAGGAGGAGGAGGAGUGUGUUACCCGGGGUGAGGUUCCGACCCCGGCUGAACCAGUGAGCGAGGGAAGAAACGGCAGGGAGAUGCGGCGUGUUGAGGAGCAGAAACAUCUGAAUGACCGGCAGAGAUUUGCAGUCUACUCUCCGAUCCACAAGGUUUCGAUCAGUUUGCAGCUGUUUCAUUUGUGGAGCCAUUACGGCGCAUUUCACCCGGAGCUGCCAGCCCUACAGCUCCUUGCAGUCAGGAGUGUGUUAACAUGACGGGUCAGACUGUAGGAGGCAUCAUCCAGGACCUGACGGUACCCUCUCUGCUUCGUGUGGGGUCCAGGCCUCAGGGGGAAAACGAUUCCUUCACUGAGGAGGCUGUUUCUAUCCUGACCUCCACGAGCCAGCUGGCUCGAAGCCUCCUGGGUCACACAUUUGCCUUCAAACGUAAAGACAGCUUAAGCAACGCUGAAGCUAUGGGCAGCAACAGCUGUGAUGAAGAGAACGGUAAUAAUGCACGUCGCAAACGGGAGUUCAUCCCCAGUGAGAAAAAAGAUGAAGGCUACUGGGAUAAGAGGAAAAAAAACAACGAGGCAGCCAGACGCUCCAGAGAAAAGCGCCGAGUGAAUGACAUGGUGCUGGAGAGGCGGGUGAUGGGUCUGCUGGAGGAGAAUGCCCGCCUCAGGGCUGAGUUGCUGGCCCUUAAGUUUCGCUUCGGGCUUGUUAAGGACCCUUCUAAUGUGUCCAUCUUACCACUGACUGCACCCUUAUGUCCCCAUCCACCCCCCAGAAUAAAAAACCACUACCAGGCUCACACUGAUGGCCCCCCAUAUGUCAGCACACAGCCCACUGCCAGUACUCACCAGAUCUCCUCCCAGCCUCCACAGCAUGGUGCCGUCUAUGGAGCGAGAACAGUUGAGUUGAGUCAUAGUGCAUCCCAGGAGACUGGAGUUGCUACCUCAUGUGGCUCAAAUGUGGGCAGCCCUGUGUUUUUUGAUGACACACUGGGUGAGUGUGGCCGGCCGUCUCCGAGGGAGGUGGCGGAUGAGCAGCAGUGCUGUGAGAGUCAUUACGUAAACAGGCAAGACUCACCUGAGGGUUUGAGGAGUCUGCCCCACAAGCUUCGUUUCAAAGGGCCUGGGGGAAGCAACAACGGAGGGGAGAUGUCUGCAUCACCUGACAGCAGGCAUAGUGGUCUGCCUAUAGCCAUGGUGGGACCAAACAUCCAAAUGAGAAACCACCAGCAGGUGGGAUGGGAUGGUCAGAUAGAGAGCCAGGCUUCUUGGUCUAGAGAGGAUGCCUGGGGUGGGCAGUAUCAAGGUUCAUCUUCUGGAUAUUAUAACUCAUCCUUUCUGCAGAACUCAAGUGAAAACAGAUAUCCAGCAGAGGACAGCAGUCUUAGGUCGCAAAUCAGCAGUUUGUCCCAGGAAGUGGCUCAGCUCAAGAGACUCUUAUCUCAACAGCUGCUUCCUAAGAUGGCGUAAAACCAGAGCAGAGGAGGGUCAAAUCCGAACUAUAUUUCUCCAAACCAUCAAACUCAUUUCCCCAGUGUGGGAUGUGUUUAAGCAGCUACCUCUGAAAUGACAUGAAAAUUUUACUAGCCUGUUUGCUCCAGUGAUGAACAAUACAGCAGCAGAAUUAAAAAAAAAAAGUCAUCACAUAUCCAAGACUCUGUAUAUUUCUUUAUAUUGGACAGAAACAUGGGAAAGCAAAGCAUCCAUCAUCUGCAACACCCCUGUCUCAUCAUAUUCAAUCACACCUUCAAUCUCAUCAUAUUUCAAGACACGCUUGUUUUGUGUAUAACAUUAACUUGUGAUUCAAAUGAAUUUUUGGAGUGUACUGUGAUUUUUGUUUCUGUUCACUAUCGUCACGUGCAUUGAUGUUAACUGUGAGUGCACGCAACAUUUGUAAAUAAAAUC